AUGGCGGCACCGGGACGCGGCUCUCGCGUCAUCUUCGGUUAGUAUCGGCUCGCCAUCUUUGCUGGACGUCGACUUCUCGUGACGGGUGCCUAUCGGGUGUUGAUGAAGACACGGGAUUUUACUGCAAGCGUGGCUCUGCCACAUCUUUUUGAGAGUAUAUUGCGCGGGCUAGAACGUGGGAUUGCAUUUGGAAUUAGAUCUUUUGCUCUUGAUUGCGUGCAUUGCUGACCAGGCUCUGCUACUUCCGCCUCGAUCUUUCGUGACCGAUCACACGUUUUGCCAUACCACUCUUCAACUCCGAUGCACCGUCUUGCAGUGGGAAACAUCCCCUAUGAUAUGUCAGAGGAGCAGCUCAUCGGGGUGUUUCAAGAGGUUGGCAAAGUGAUUGGAUUUCGGUGAGUCUCCGCGCACAUACACGCUUCUGUGGCCCUAUCUAAAGCACACAAACUUCUUUUGACUCUGCGGACUUUUCAUUGCAGAUUAGUGUUUGACAGGGACACAGGCAAACCAAAGGGCUAUGGGUUCUGCGAGUUCGAAGAUGUCGAGACUGCUGCCUCUGCUGUUCGCAACCUUCACGACGUGGAUGUAGGCGGACGAACAUUAAGAAUAGACUACGCCGACGUGGAUCCUCUCUUCGAAGGCAAGACUACUUCCAUGGGACAUAUGGAAGCGAACGAGUUACCUCCUGGAAGCAGCAGAAAGGAGAGAAUGCCAAACUCGGUCGAGAGAGGCAGGGUCGGCAACACGGGAGGGCCACCGCCUAGAGGUGCACCUGCUCAGGGCUGGGGAGGCGCACAACAACCUGCUGGGCCAAUUGGGCAGGCUGCUCCGCCUAAUUUGCCCCAGGGUCAGGCGCUACCGCCAGGUGCGGAUCCUACCGAUGCCAUUUCGCAAACACUGGCCGCCCUUCCGCCGGGUCAAUUGCUAGAGAUCAUUGGACACCUCAAGGUGUGUGGUGCAUCGUGCUCUCUUCUUCCGCUCGCAAAGCGGUGGUAUCAAUCUUUUGCUGACACGCACUUUGGCGCGCUCAAUCUUUGUUCGCAUCAUUAGGCGCUCGUGAACAACUCGCCUGACCAAGCGCGAAGUUUGUUGGCGAGCAAUCCUCAGAUCAGCUAUGCAGUAUUUCAAGCCAUGCUGAUGAUGAACGUUGUAGACCCCGCAGUCCUUCAAGUGAGUCGGCUAUUCCCUCUCGCAAAAUUUAUCUCGAUGCUGACAGAACACACGCUCGCUCUCUCAUGUCGUAGAGGAUCAUUACCGCUCAAGCAGGGGGUCAAGCAGGCGUGCCGACUUACGGAGCACCUGCAACCGCCCAGCCACCAGUACCUACGGCCGCUUACGGAGCAAGCGCACCUCAAGCACCUCAACCUGGCUACGGUGGGUACGGCGCGCCUGCUCAGGCCCCUGUGCCAGUCCCUAGUCAACCAGCUGCCACUGCAUCACAAGGCCUCGGCAACGCGGAUUUGCCAGAGGAUCAAAAGGUGUGUCUUCCUCUCUCUUUAUUAGUCUGCUUGCGUGCAAGCUUCCGGUCUCCAAGGUAUCGAUUCGCUCACUCAAACAUGGCGCCCCCCUUUCCCUUUGCCUACUUCUUAAUCGCUCCUUGUUACAGGCGCUACUUUUGCAAGUCCUCCAACUCACGCCCGAACAGAUCAAUGCUCUUCCAGAGGAUCAGAGAGCCGGCGUGCUAGCUCUCAAAGCUCAAAUGGGUCAAUAA